UACAAAAAAAGCUUCUUUGAAUAAAAGCUCUCUCUCUCUUUUUUUUUUUUACUCACACAUACAUCUUACAGCUGUAUACAAUGGCGGAAAUCGAAGAAAAACUUCAAAACAUGGAAAUCAAUGAGGAGGAGGUUGAUUUGAGCGAAUUUGACCCUUCUUUGAAGAAGAAGAAGAAAAAGUCGAAAAAGACAGAAGAAGCUCCUGUUGAGGAGAGUGCUGAAGUUGCUCAGGAGGCCGCGCCCGCUGCAGAUGAUGCGGAUAUUGACCCAAUGGCAAUGUUUGGUGAGAAGAAGAAGAAGAAGAAAAAAGUCAAAGUCGAGGACGAUGCUUCUGCUGCUGCUCCUGCUGAAGGCGGUGAGGAAGGCGCUACCGGCGACGUUGGAGAGUCGUUUGAUUUCGGUGACAUGAAGAAGAAGAAGAAAAAGGCAAAGAAGGUUGAUUUCUCUGCUUUUGAGGAUGGUCUGGAUCAGGAAGGAGAGGAAGGUGGAGCCCGUGACCCUGAUGACAUUUUUGCAGCAGAGGAUGAGGAAGGUGCCGCAGGACGCUCUGGUGCUGGUAAGGCCGGUGGUGCAGAUGCAGAGGAGAGUUGGGUGGGUACGAACCGUGAUUACACCUACACGGAAUUGCUCUCACGCGUUUUCAAGAUCUUGCGUCAAAACAAUCCAGAGUUGGCAGGGGAGAAGAAACGUUACACGAUCGUUCCACCUUCAGUCAUGCGUGAUGGCAACAAGAAGACUGUGUUUGCAAAUGUUGCAGAUAUCUGUAAGAGGAUGCAUCGUCAGCCUGAGCAUGUGAUCCAAUUCUUGUUUGCAGAAUUGGGUACUUCUGGAUCCAUUGAUGGAUCGCAACGUUUGGUGAUCAAGGGUCGUUUCCAACAAAAGCAAAUUGAGGCUGUCUUGCGUCGUUAUAUUGUCGAGUAUGUCACCUGCAAGACUUGCAAGUCCCCGGAUACGAUCUUGACCAAGGAAAACCGUUUGUUCUUCUUGCAAUGUGAGGCCUGUGGAUCCACAAGAUCCGUUUCGGCCAUUAAGUCUGGUUUCCAGGCCCAGACAGGCAAGCGUGCUGCUCAACGUGCUUAAGAAAAAGAAAAAAGGAAAAAAAAAAUAUCGGUAUUUUUAUCUGCAAAGUGGUUGCAAAGAAAACUUUUUGAACUACAAACAAUGCG